GUGGCGGUGCUCCGCGGCGGCGCGCCGGGCCGGCCAGCGCAGGGCGCUGGCCAGGUGUGCAGUUCCCCUGGGGCGGCGGCGCUGAGCGGCGGGCGCGCAAACAUGGUAGCAGAAAUGUGACCUGUCUUGGGACCAAAAAGCUAAGGGAGUGAGGAAGGACCCAAACUUCAGUAUCCCUCCCCCAAGAGCACACUCCCAGUCACCUACUCCCUUCUGCUGCUCCUUAAUGAAAAGUCACCACCCAUAUAAUGGAGUUUACAGAUCAGAUUGCUUAGUGUGGAUAUCAUGGUAACAAUACAGGAAAUACACUUAAUUUCUCACUUCUGCAAGUAGUCAUGACUAUUGAAGAAAGAAUCUUUUUAAACUACAGCAGAGUUCACUUGGGUACCUUUUAUGGAAAUCCUAAUUUUGUUUUUAACUUCUGGUAGUUUUUUGCUAGUUAUGAACAAGCAGAGAGCUUGUCUUGUUAGGCAAACACACAGUGGUGAGGAUGUCUAGAAGAGGACCGAUUCUUCACAGCCGGACUCAGUGGCUGCUCUUGGGCCUUGCAUUGUUCUUCAGCUUAGUAUUAUUUAUGUACCUCCUGGAAUGUGCCCCCCAGACUGAUGGAAAUGCAUCUCUUCCUGGUGUUGGUAGAGAAAAUUAUGGUAAAGAAUAUUACCAGGCCCUCCUGCAGGAGCAAGAAGAACAUUACCAAACCAGGGCAACCAGUCUGAAACGCCAGAUUGCCCAGCUAAAGCAAGAAUUACAAGAAAUGAGUGAGAAGAUGAGAUCAUUGCAAGAGAAAAAGAACAUAGGGGCUAAUGGCUAUCAAGGCAACAGAGAGCAGACACCUAGUGAUCUCCUAGAGUUUCUUCAUUCCCAGAUUGACAGGGCUGAAGUUAGCAUAGGAGCCAAACUACCCAGCGAGUAUGGAGUCAUUCCCUUUGAAAGUUUCACUUUAAUGAAAGUAUUUCAGUUGGAAAUGGGUCUCACUCGCCAUCCUGAAGAAAAGCCAGUUAGAAAAGACAAACGAGAUGAAUUGGUAGAAGUUAUUGAAGCUGGCUUGGAGGUCAUUAAUAAUCCUGAUGAAGAUGAUGAACAGGAAGAUGAGGAGGGCCCCCUUGGAGAGAAACUGAUAUUUAAUGAAAAUGACUUCAUAGAAGGCUAUUAUCGUACUGAGAGAGAUAAAGGCACACAGUAUGAACUCUUUUUUAAGAAAGCAGACCUUAUGGAAUACAGACAUGUGACCCUCUUCCGCCCUUUUGGGCCUCUCAUGAAAGUGAAGAGUGAGAUGAUUGACAUUACGAGAUCAAUUAUUAAUAUCAUUGUGCCACUUGCUGAAAGGACUGAAGCAUUUUCACAGUUUAUGCAGAACUUCAGAGAUGUUUGUAUUCAUCAAGACAAGAGGAUUCAUCUUACAGUUGUGUAUUUUGGGAAAGAAGGACUAUCUGAAGUCAAGUCUAUCCUGGAAUCUGUCUCAAGUGAGUCUGACUUUCACAAUUACACCUUGGUCUCACUGAAUGAAGAAUUUAAUCGUGGACGAGGACUAAAUGUGGGCGCCCGAGCUUGGGACAAGGGAGAGGUCUUGAUGUUUUUCUGUGAUGUUGAUAUAUAUUUCUCAGCCGAGUUCCUUAACAGCUGCCGGUUAAACGCUGAGCCAGGUAAAAAGGUGUUUUAUCCUGUGGUGUUCAGUCUUUACAAUCCCGCCAUUGUUUAUGCCAACCAGGAUGUGCCACCCCCUGUGGAGCAGCAGUUGGUUCAUAAAAAGGAUUCUGGUUUUUGGAGAGAUUUUGGCUUCGGGAUGACUUGUCAAUAUCAAUCAGAUUUCCUGACCAUUGGUGGAUUUCGACAUGGAAGUAAAAGGCUGGGGUGGAGAAGAUGUUCAUCUUUACCGGAAAUACUUACAUGGUGAUCUCAUUGUGAUUCGGACUCCAGUUCCUGGUCUUUUCCACCUCUGGCAUGAGAAACACUGUGCAGACGAGCUGACGCCUGAACAGUACCGGAUGUGCAUCCAAUCCAAAGCCAUGAAUGAGGCUUCUCACUCCCACCUGGGAAUGAUGGUCUUCAGGGAGGAAAUAGAGAUGCAUCUUCGCAAACAAGCAUACAGGACAAACAGUGAUGCUGCUGGGUGACAGCCAUCAACACAUUCAAGUCUGAACCACAAACCAGCACUGUUUAUUCAGCCUUAAUUCCAGCUUGAGAGUCUGUGCUUCUUUCAGAGAAAAACUGGCUUUCAUGUUCUUUCUGAAUGUGUUUUGUAGUUCAGACUGAUGUAAGAAGAAAACACAGGUAUUUUGAUGCAAAACCUGUUUUGUGAGAGUACUAUAGUUUGAAACAGUUGACAAAAUGAAAUUUGAUAUUUGUUCCCAAAAUAGUUUGAAAUAGAUCUGCCUGGUACCUGUGUUCUGAUUGGUCUGGCUGUGCUGGGCUGAUGUUGAGUUGGUCAGCACAUUCCUACUGGGAGCAGAACAUUGGUUGCCAUUCUCCACAGGCAGAUAUCACCUGCUGACCACUAAGUCAAACAUUCAACUUCAGUUUUUUAAUGAGAGCUUGUUGAUCACAUGCAGAAUAUUUUUUCACAGAGAAUAAUUAAAUGGCAUAUCUGGCCAUCAUGAAGAUCUUCAGCCCAUCAUGAAGGCAGAAAGCAAAUCCCCUUAACUCCUUGUUGCUUUCCCUCUAAAUAUCUGUUUUUAAGCCAGUGGGUAGAGCAGGCAUAGCUUAGAAUCUAUGGUCUGUUUAUAAAUGUAUCCUUAUGUUACCAUCGUGUUCAAAAUGCAUAGUCAAAGCUGCAGUAGAUUGUUUUGAGCAAACAAGUAAAUGCAGAGCUUUUAAACAAAGCGUUUAUUACAUUGGGAUGCAGGAAAAUAACUAUGUUUGGGAACAUCUUUUUCUAUAAGCCAGAUGCAUCAGAACCUUCCUGAAGAGGCAUAGAAGAUAUGACCAUUAUAGCAUGGUUUUGUAUGGCUUUUGUUUUGCACUGUCUUAUUUAGCAUGGGUACAUAUAUAUUUAUUUUCUAAUAGGUUAAUAUUUGCCACAACUGUGUUUGCAUUUGUAUUAUUCUUUCAGUUGAAGGAGUUUCAUUGAAAAAAAAAAAA